AUGGCACCCAGAUUCUGCCAGCUCGCCUCUGGCGUUUGCCUCGGAGGAAUGCCCAAGCUGCUUCACCUGCAGCCCGGAGCUCACCGCCUUCGGGAACUUGCCGCUAGUGGAACCAAGCCGCUGGAUGUUGCUGGUGCCGCUGUUGGUCCCCCUGAAGGUGCCGGCACGAAGCCAAUUGGAGCUACCGAUCUUAGCGCUGCCAAUGGUGGUGGACUGGGUGGUGGCCGUGGACCCCUGGACGGCCAGGGUCGUCUGCCCCUCGUGCCCCUCAACACCAACAAUAUUUCCCUCCUGCAUCUCCGCCCUCGUCUUGAAGUCGCGAUCUCGACUCUGCCGCUUCGUGCCUCUUCCACCUUCGAGCAGCGCCGCUACAUCAGUUUCACUCUCAAGGGAGGUCUGAGAAUCCUCGUGCCACCGCCUGAGUUUUGGCCCAAGGACAACAUGGCGAAGCAAACCACCAUCAAGGAGUUCGAGGCGGUCUUCCCGAAGCUUCAAGAUGACGUCUUGAGCUGGGCGAAGCAGUACAACCUGCCUCAGCAGCAGCUCGACUGGUACAAGGCGGCCCUGGAGAACAAUGCCUACGGCGGCAAAUGCAACCGUGGCAUGUCAGUUCCUGACUCUGUCUCGAUUCUGAUCAACAAGCCGCUGUCUGAGGACGAGUACUUCAAAGCCGCUACCCUCGGCUGGAUGAUCGAGCUCCUGCAGGCAUUCUUCCUUGUCUCGGACGACAUGAUGGACGGCAGUAUCACCCGCCGUGGCAAGCCCUGCUGGUACCGCCAGGAGGGUGUUGGCAUGAUCGCCAUCAACGACGCUUUCCUGCUCGAGUCGGCUAUCUACACCCUUCUCAAGAAAUACUUCAAGACUCACCCGGCCUACGUCGACAUUAUGGAGCUGUUCCACGAAGUUACACUGCAGACCGAGCUCGGCCAGUUGUGCGACCUUCUAACGGCUCCCGAGGAUGUUGUGAACCUCGACAACUUCAGUCUCGAGAAGUACACAUUCAUCGUCAUCUACAAGACGGCCUACUACAGCUUCUACCUGCCCGUCGCGCUGGCCCUGCACAUGCUGAACAUCGCCACCCCCAAGAACCUGAAGCAGGCCGAGGACAUCCUCAUCCCCAUGGGCGAGUACUUCCAGGUCCAGGACGACUACCUUGACAACUUCGGCCUGCCCGAGCACAUUGGGAAGAUCGGCACCGACAUCCAGGACAACAAGUGCUCGUGGCUCGUCAACCAGGCCCUGAGGCUGGCCACCCCCGAGCAGCGCAAGGUCCUCGAGGAGCACUACGGCAAGAAGGACAAGGCCCACGAGGCCGAGAUCAAGAAGCUGUACGACGAGAUGAAGCUUGAGCAGGUCUACCAGGAGUACGAGGAGAAGAUCGUCGGCGAGAUCCGAACCAAGAUCUCCCAGGUCGACGAGGCGGAUGGUCUGAAGAAGAGCGUCUUUUAUGCCUUCCUCUCCAAGAUCUACAAGCGAAGCAAGUAA